AUUAGGGGGGGGGGGUAUAUAUAGUACCUUAACGAUAGGGUUUCUCUCUUUCUCAUUUUCGUUUUUCUUUUCCAUCUUCGAGUUCGACUCUUCCCUCUGAGAGACUGAUAUAGAGAGAGAACUGAGUUCUUGAGUCUCUGAUUCUCUGAAGUCUGAAAGUGAACUCCAUUAAUCAAUGAACACGGAACACCGAACAACACCUCUCGAUCCAGAAGAAGAAGGAGAAAAAGUCAGUGAUUUCAAUGAUUUGAUUUGUUUUCACAGGGUAAGUUAUCAAUCACGUCAGGGAGAAGACGAAGGGAAAGGAUUCAAGGAAGAAGCUGAAGGAAACCCAUUAAGAGAGAAAGAAAAAGGACUACAAUUUGCUCUUGAGCUCUUGUAUGGGAAGAAUUCUUCUAAGGUUGAAUUUGUUAUGAAGCUUGUUAAGUUGGAUUUUAAGAUUCUAUUUGAAGAAUAUAAGGAUGCCUAUUCAGUUCAUGAGGAGGAGUCAAGUAGUUCUAUCCAGAGACAAGCCAAAGCAGUGGUAAGUAAACCAGUGACAGGGCCAAGUCGCUUAGUGGGUUUUUGUAGCAAUGAAAAGGUUUUGGGCUCAGUGGAGAAGUGA